AUGUUGAGUCGGAGAGUGCUGGCGUCACCGCGUCUGCGGCAGCCGCUCAGAUCAUUCGCAUGGCGACCAUUCUCAACCACGGAGCUGGGCAAUGGCGUGAGGAUGAGCUACGAGCGAUAUGAGGUGGACAAUGGGCAAGACACACAAGGUGCUCCGAUCAUCUUCGUCCACGGUCUCUUCGGGUCCAAGAGAAAUCAUCGGAGCAUGAGUAAGGUGCUCGUACGCGAUUUGAAACGGCCAGUCUAUGCUAUUGAUACACGCAAUCAUGGCGAUUCCUCCCACCACCCGCAGCACGAUUACACCACUCUGGCAGAAGAUCUGGAACUAUUCAUCCAACACCACGACAUUCAGAACAGCACUCUUAUUGGACACUCCAUGGGCGCGAAGAUAGUCAUGGCUGUUGCAUUGCGCCAAAAGGUCAAUGUAGGCUCAAUCAUUCCAGUGGACAACGCACCAGUCGACGCAGCCCUGAAAUCCGAUUUUGCAAAAUACACAGUGGGUAUGAGAAGGAUCGAAGAAUCAGGAGUCAAGUCUCUCAAAGAGGCCGACAGGAUUCUUGCAGAUUAUGAGGAGAGCGUGCCAGUACGGCAAUUCUUACUCACCAAUCUCGCGAGAGGAGAGGACGGAAUGCAAAAGUUCAAAAUCCCACUGAAGUAUAUCACGAACGCACUCGACAAGCUUGGAGACUUUCCAUUCAAGGAUCCGGAUGAGGUGAGGUGGGGAGGACCGACCUUGAUCGUGAGAGGGACAAAUAGCCACUACGUUGCGGACGAUAUGCUGCCUCUCUGUGGCAGAUUCUUUCCAAAGUUCGAGCUGGCCAGUAUAGAGGCUGGUCAUUGGGUCAUUAGCGAGAAGCCAGAGGAAUUCAGACAAGCUGUCGUCKAAUUCCUUUCUCGCAAGGACUGA